CAGUGUCAACUGUUUAUCUGUUUGCUAACGGUGGUUACUGAGUGAGUGUAUGUCAAUCGCUUCUUAUCUUGCUCAACAAGACGUGCCAAAUAGCUAGCUAGUAGCUCAGGCUACACAUUGAUGACCCGUCCACAUAGGCUGCACACUUCUUACGCUACUGCUUUGAACUCAGUUGAACACCUACAGCGCUGUGCCUUUUCUGCCAAGUUCAGUGAGUCCAGAUGCAUGAGUCUGGGUCAGAACAGACAGCCUGCACCAGUCCAGCCAAUCAGACGGAGAAUGGGGACAGUGCUGAGAAGGAUGAUUGUCUGAGUGCUCAGCCACUAACUCCAGAGGGUUCUGGGGCUGACAGCCAGCAGCAAAACCAGGUUCCAGUCUCAGUUUCUAUGAUGACACUGAAGCAGCAGCAGGUACUCAAUCCACAGCAGAUCCAGGCCCUGCUCCAGCAGCAGAAAGCACUCAUGUUACACCAGCAACACAUACAGGAUCUCUGCCAGAAACAGCAGGACCAGUUCAAUGCCCAGCUCCUACAGCAGAAGCAUGCUGAGAAGUCAGGCCAAGAGCAGCUAGCUGCUCAGCACAUGGCCAUCCAGCAGCAGCUCCUGCAGGUCCAACAGCAGCACCUCCUUAGCCUCCAGAGACAGGGUCUCCUGUCUGUCCUGCCCUCCAUGAGCCCCUCUGCAGCUCAGGGUUUAAUGAAAGGGUGUGAGAAUGGCACCAGCCUGCUCUCUGGUGGUGAGAAUCCAGCCACUCUUCAGAAGAACUUGCUCCACAGUCAGCAGUCUACCACCAAUGGGAAUCAUUCAUCACAGAUCCUAAAGAAGAAAGACAGUGGGCCUGUGGAUAAUCACACACAAAACACUCACCCGCUCUAUGGACACGGCAUGUGCAAAUGGUCUGGCUGUGAGGCUGUCUUUGGAGACUUUCAAGUUUUUCUCAAGCAUCUGAACAGUGAACAUACACUGGAUGACAAGAGUACAGCACAGUGUCGAGUGCAGAUGCAGGUUGUUCAGCAGCUAGAACUGCAGUUGAAAAAAGACAAAGAGCGUCUGCAAGCCAUGAUGUCUCACCUCAAAUCCUCUGAGCAAAAGUCCAAACCAGCAACCCCAACGGGGAAUCUUGUGCCCAAUGUCUCCUUCUCCCAGGUGACGUUUCCCAAGGUGCUUCCUUCCAUGAGCUUGUCUCAAAGUGCCACUGCUCCUUCUACACCCCUGACACCACCCCCAACCACCUCCUCUAUCCUCCCUCCCCACACCCUGCUCACUGUGAGCCCUGGAAGGAGAUGGUACUCAGACAGCAAGACCAUGAAAUACAGCAAGACCAUGAAUCAAGAUAUUGUUCAGAAUAAAGAAGCUAGACCGCCAUUUACAUAUGCAGCCCUAAUAAGACAGGCAAUAUUUGAAUCGCCCUAUAAGCAGCUGACACUAAAUGAAAUCUACAAUUGGUUCACACGAACAUUUGCCUAUUUUAGACGCAACGCCGCAACAUGGAAGAAUGCAGUGAGACACAACCUCAGCCUCCACAAGUGUUUUGUGCGAGUGGAGAAUGUAAAAGGAGCUGUGUGGACAGUUGAUGAGAUGGAGUUCCAGAGGAGAAGGCCCCAGAAGCCUUCUGGUGAAGGGUCUCUCAAGAGGGAGAACACUGACCAUGGUCACAGCUCAGCUUUCCUUACUCCUAAGCAGGAGGAGAUGAAUGCAGCUCUCUGGUAUGGGAAUGGAUCCUACAGUGACAGCAGUGAAGAGCAGUACCCAAUGCACCCUCUCGUAAAAGAAGAGCUAAUGGACGAGGAGGCAUAUGAGAAUGUGCCCCAUGACUGUUCAGAGACUGAGAGCUCUGAUGAGCACAGCUCAGAUGUGGACCAAGACGGCGGUAGCCCAGAGAGACCCAACCUGCAGCUGGCUCAUGUGCCUUCGCAGUGAAAGAGGGACUGUUUUCAAACCUGUCACUCUCCACUGCAAGACUCCCACAUUGGACAACUAUGAGAUAUACCAAAUUAAUAUAGAACUGCUUCAUAUCAAGUGGAAAAACACACAUUUUCUGUUGAGGAAAUAAAUUAGUAUUUUAUUUAUUGAGGAUAUUUUGUCCUCACUGUUGUACUGGGUUUUAUCCACCGGAGCUCACGUUGAAGACAAGAGCUGAUGGCGGAAGCUUUGUAACACCCCUUGUCCUCAAAUAAUGCAUCCCUAUCGGCUUAUUGUGAGGCUGUGGGGAGCCCUAUGGGGAGCUCGCUCAGUGAUGCAGAGAUAUUUAAAAAAAUUCUUUCAAGAAUGUGUAUAUCAAUAACCAAAGCAUUGGCAAUAUUUAUGGACAGCACUUCAUGAAGAUUAAUCUUUGUUUUCUCCCUCUAAUUAAUUUUGACAUGAGAGUACCAGACAACCACCAGAUUGUAAUAAGCUGUUUUGUUUGACAUGAUAUCCUUGAGAAUUGGUUACUUUUAAAAGGGAGCUGUACACUGCCAAAAAUAUGAUUUAUGUGUAACUGAUCUGUUGGCAUAUUAUUUAUGUAGCCUACUAAUCAUAUUUUUUUCCCCCACUAUCCCAAACAUGGCUUUUUGGACUUAAUUUAGUGUUGUAUCAUACAUUCCCAUAGUUGUGCACUAAACGCUGUCUCUAAUACAUUCCGUAUAAAAAGUGUGUGGCGAA